CAUAUCUACUCAGUCUUCGACGCGACAUCGUGAGAGGAGGAAGUUUCAACCUCUUCUCUCUCGUGGAGGGGUGGUUUCUCAUUCUCUUUCUUAUAUCCUCUUUCAAAAUCGAUCGUUAUUAUUCGAGAAGUGAAAAAAAUUCGUGUAGAAAAAAAAAAAAACUAAUCAAGAUAUCGAAACGUAUAUGCGUAGAAAUCGUGAAGAGUGAAAAUCAAAUUUAGUGCUGAUAAUAAUUAAUAAUCGAUUCGCGCGUCGAUAAGAGGAAACGUUUCGAUCGUCAAAUUCACAUUUCUUUAUAUAUACACACAUAUAUAUAUAUAUAUAUAAAACUCGCGUUAUAAAAUAGAUACGUUAAAGUUUCAUUUCGAUAUACAAAAACAUGGCUGUGGAAAGUGCAUCGUCGUCUUCAUCGGCAGUGCAAUUCGCUUUGGGCAACGAAGUAUCGCCACAUUGUCACUUUUUUAAAAGCUCUUUCGCGCGUUCACUCGUUAGAAACGUUCGUGAUUCGAAAUCUCUGGAUUAUGAAUUACACGACAACGAUACCAUCGUCGAAGAAACAUCCGAAUGCAACACCGACAAUAGGAAUAAUAAUUUUUUUUCCUUGCUCGACUUUCGUUACGAUAAAACCAUAACGACUACUAGUACAAUAACCACGAUGAAUUCGUCUCGUCGUAAUAACAACGAGAGAGAUACCAAAGUCGCCAUUUGUAAUACAUCAGUUCCUGUAGAAUUGGACCAGUCGAACGUGGAUAUGAACGAGUUAGAAAGACUUCGAAAAGAAUGCCAAUCGUUGAAGGAAGAUAAUAGAAAAUUACAGAACGCAUUAGCAUUAAAUCAAGUGCCGCACGUCCAAGUGAUCGACAACGUUUUUCUUCAGACUCAAAUUGAGACGCUUCAGUGGCAACUUAAACAGAUCGAGUCAAACAAGCAAAUGUAUCGAUCGCUGAUGGAAGAAGUGGCACGUUUCUUAGACCGAGCCCACAAGAGCCUGAUUAUUCUUCACGAGAAGAACAAUUCCAAGGACAAGAAUAAUGCUCGUGUACCACGUAGUCGUAGCGUUCAUGCAGUCGAUACGACGACUACGACCGAUUGUUCACCGAAUCGUGGCAAUUCGACAAAUUCAUCGUCGUCAUCCGGAUCAUCCCGUUUUACAAGAGCCAAAUCCGUAAAUCAGAUAUCAGGUGGUUCUGCUUUCCGCGAAUUCACGUGGUCUGUGUUACGCCGUAAUCAGAAUACCUGUACCGAUAACAAUACACAACCACCACCGUGCCGUGAGCAAUCUUAUCAGGAAGAAAAAAAGAUGGCCGAUGGUGUUACAUAUACGAAACCAAAACAAAUGGAAUUGAAUCCCGACGACGUGCCACCGGAAAAAUUGUCCCAAGAAGCUUUUAGGUUGAUGAGAACGGUACAAUCCUUAUUAGCGAUGAGAGAACCAGAUUUAUCAAGAAUGUCACCGUUCGAGGACAGUGGAAUAUCACCGUCACCUACCAACAACCAUCAUCAUCACCAUCACCACCAUCAUCACCAUCAUCACCGUCAGGAUAGUUCUUCCUUGUCCCAAAGAGAUAAUUUCGUAAACACGUCGAUGGUACAAGAGGACAAUUAUGAAAAUUGUAUUGGUGAUAGUGAACAAGAACGUGUCCGUGAUCAUGAACGUGAACGUGAACUUGGUAACGAGUCGAAUUGUUUACAGUUUGAUAGCCGAGAUAUUUGCCAAUUGAAAUUGAACUCGUGUAACACGGAUGUAAAUCGUAAUCUACAGAAUUUGUUGCCAGGUGUUAGAACGUCGGUAGAUGCUACGUCAUAUAAUUCGGCUAGCAGUAAAACCACGGAAGAGGAAGAACAGAUUAUUGUUUCCAGUCGUGAUAACGCGUUAGAAGAAACUCGUGAACACGUAUGUAAUACUAAUGGAAAUGUUACCUCGACUCCUAUCAAAUGUACCAAACGAUUAGAGAAAAAAGGUAUUAACGGUAUAAGCGAUCUCAUGGUUAGAGCUGUCAGAGCCAAAUUAGCCAAUAGCGUGAGCAGCGCCGAGGACGAAAGUGGAUUCUCAUCGAUGAGCUCUUUUCAAGAGGUCGGUUUACCAACGUCACCGAUCACAUCUAUCAAGGGUUGUCACACGGAGGUUGGAUUACCAGAGAUCCCAAUACAAAAGGUUCCUCGCAGACGAUGGUCCUCCACAGCCAAUGAGAUACAGGCGCUUAUCAAACGGCACAGUAGUGCCGCGAACUUUCCAACUGCACAAACCAAUAACGAAUCUUUAAGCGUUUGGGUUUAAGAUUUUUUUUUUCUUUCUCUCUCUCUCUCUCUUUUCUUUCUUUAGAUCGAUUUAUGACUUAGGUGUACAAUUUUUAUUU